AUGCGAGCUCAAAGGCGUAAAAUAGUUAUUUCAGAGUUGUUUCAAGCAAAUGCGCACUCCUUCCUUUUUUUUGAAAGACUACAAAAAUUCCCUGUUUUUUCUUUUGAUAUCUCCGCAUUGAUUAAACUUUUUUUUCAAAAUUGGGUGGGUAAGGGAAAAGCAUUCAACAUAGUAGAGUAUGCAAAAGAACAAACAAAAAGAGAAGAAAAAAAAGAAAAGAACAAAAGAAAAGAAAAAGUGCGAAUAGAGAUAGCAGAGGCCUGGGAUAGCAUUCCACUUGCGCAAGUAGUAAGAGGUUGUAUGUUACUAACUCAAUCUAUUUUUAGAAAAAGUAUUCUAUUACCUUUAUUAAUAAUUACAAAAAAUAUUGGCCGUAUACUCCUAUUCGAACUUCCUGAAUGGGCUGAGGAUUUCCAGGAAUGGAAUAGAGAGAUACAUCUUAAAUGUACCUAUAAUGGUGUUCCAUUAUCCGAAACAGAAUUUCCCAAAAAUUGGUUGACAGAUGGUAUUCAGAUAAAAAUAUUGUUUCCUUUCUGUCUGAAACCUUGGCACAAAUCCAAACUACAACCCUCUCAGAAAGAUCUAAUAGAAAAUAAAAAAGAAAAAGAUGAUUUUUGUUUUUUAACAAUUUGGGGAAUGGAAGCGGAACUUCCUUUUGGUCCGCCCCGAAAACGUCCUUCUUUUUUUAAACCAAUUUUUAAGGAAUUCAAAAAAAAAAUUGCAAAAUUUAAAAAGAAGUAUUUUCUAGUUCUAACAGUUUUCAAAGAAAAAACAAAAUUACUUCAAAAGGUUUCAAAAGAAAUCAAAAAAUGGUUUAUCGGAAGUAUUUUUUUUCUAAAAAAAAUAAUAAAAGAACUUUCAAAAGUAAAUCCAAUUCUAUUGUUUAGAUUAAGAGAAGUAGAAGUAUAUAAAUUGAAAGAACUUAAAGAAGAAAAAGAUUGCAUGAGAAGCAAUGAGAUGAUUCACAAAUCAUUUAGUCAAAUUGCAUCUCCGAGUUGGACAAAUUAUCGAUUGACAGAAAAAAAAAUGAAAGAUCUCACCGAUAGAACAAGUACAAUCCGAAAUCAAAUAGAAAGAAUCUCAAAAGAGAAAAAAAAAGUAACUACAAGAAUAAAAAACCUUAGUCCUAACAAAACAAGUUAUAAUGCUAAAAGAUUUGCAAAAUGGCAAAUAUUAAAAAGAAGAAAUCCUCGAUUAAUCCGUAAAUUACCCUCCCUUUUAAAAAUUUUCAUUGAAAAAAUCUAUACAGAUAUAUUUGUAUCUAUCGUUAAUAUUCCCAGAAUAAAUACAGAACUUUUUCUUAAAUUAACAAAAAAAUUUAUUGAUAAGAAUAAUCAAAGAAAACAAGCAAAAAUUAAUACAAAAAAGAAAACUUCAAUUUCGCUUAUUUCGGCUAUAAAAAAGUCACUUGAUAAAAUCAGUAAUAUUAAAGAAAAUUCACGUAUUUUUUAUGACUUAUCCUACAUGUCACAAACAUAUGUAUUUUACAAAUUAUCACAAAUCCAAAUUAGUAACUCGGUAAGAUCUGUUGUUCAACAUCAAAGAAUAAACCCUUUUCUUAAGUCUAAAAUAAAGGAUUCUUUUGAAAGACAAGGAAUGGUUCAUUCGAAAUUAGCAAAUAAGAAACUUCCGGGCUAUGAAACAGAUCAAUGGAAAAACUGGUUAAAAGGGCAUUUUCAGUACCAUUUAUCUCAGAUCAGAUGGUCUAAAUUAAUACCAGAAAAAUGGCGAAAUAGAGUUCGCCAGCGUUGUAUAGACAAAAAGACAAAUUUAAGCAAGCAGCAUUCAUAUGAAAAAGACCUAUUAGUUGGUUCCAAAAAGCAAUCUGAAGUAUAUUUAUUAUAUACUGAAAAAGAUAAUUUUCGAAAAUACUAUAGAUAUAAUCUUUUAUCAUAUAAAUUUAUUAAUUAUAAAAAUAAAACGGAAUGCUUUUUUUAUAGACCUCCCUUUCAAGGAAAUAAGAAGCAAGAAAUUUCUUAUACUUCUAACAGGUCGAAAAAAUACUUUUUUGAUAUACGGAGGAACAUCCCUAUUCCAAAUGAUCUAGGGCAGGUUGAUAUUCCAUAUAUGGAAAAACCAGCUGAUAGAAAAUAUUUUGAUUGGAAAAUUUUCAAUUUUUAUCUUAGACAAAAAGUCGAUAUUGAUAUUGAGGCCUGGAUCCUAAUUGAUACCAAUAGGUAUCAAAAUGCGAACAUUCGUACUAACAACUCUCCAAUAAUUUCUAAAAAAAAUAUUUUAUAUCUUAUGAUUCCAGAAACCAAUUCACAAAAUCUACACAAAAGAUUUUUUGAUUGGAUGGGAAUGAAUGAAAAAAGGCUAAAGCGUUCUAUAUCGAAUCUGGAAUUUUGGCUCUUCCCAGAAUUUGUGUUACUUUAUAAGGCAUAUAAAAUGAAACCUUGGUUUAUACCAAGCAAAUUACUUCUUUUAAAUUUAAAUAGUAGUAAAAAUAUUAAUGAAAAUAAAAGGAUAAAUUUGUUGAUAGCAUCGAAUAAAAAGCAUCGAAAUGAAGAACAAAAAGAACCCAUAAGCCAAGGAGAUCGCGAAUCCGUUUUCUCACAACAAAAAGAUAUUGAAGAAAAUUAUGCAAGCUCGGACAUGAAAAAAGCGAAAAAGAAAAAACAAUACAAAAGCAAUACAGAAGCAGAACUAGAUUUCUUCCUGAAACAUUAUUUGCUUUUUCAAUUAAGAUGGGGCGCAACUUUGAAUCAAAGAAUGAUCAAUAAUAUCAAGAUCUAUUGUCUCCUGCUUAGACUGAUAGAUCCAAGAAAAAUUACUAUAUCCUCGAUUCAAAAGAGAGCAAUGAGUUUGGAUAUAAUGUUGAUUCAAAAGAAUUUGACUCUCUCAGAAUUGAUGAAGAAAGGAGUAUUGAUUGUAGAACCACUUCGUCUGUCUGGCAAAAAAGACGGACAAUUCAUUAUGUACCAAACCAUAGGUAUUUCGCUGCUUCAUAAGAGUAAGCAUCAAAUUAAUCAAAAAUAUCAAGAGCAAAGAUAUGUUUCUAAGAAAAAUUUGGAUGAAACUAUUUUACCACAUCAAAGAAUAACCAAAAAUAGAGACAAAAAGCAUUUUAAUUUACUUGUUCCGGAAAAUGUUUUAUCGUUUAAACGUCGUAGAAAAGUGAGAAUUCUAAUUUGUUUCAAUUCAAAGAAUAUAAAUUAUAUAGAUAGAAAUAUAGUAUUUUGGAAUGAAACGAACGUAACAAACAGCAGCCAAGUUUCACAUGAAAAUAACCAUCUUGAUAGAGAUAAAAAUAAAUUAAUGAAAUUAAAGCUCUUUCUUUGGCCUAAUUAUCGAUUAGAAGAUUUAGCUUGUAUGAAUCGUUAUUGGUUUGAUACCAAUAAUGGCAGUCGUUUCAGUAUGUUAAGGAUACAUCUGUAUCCGCGAUUGAAAUUUUGUGAAUAAUACAUUUUUCUAUAUAGCCUAGAUCCUAUUUCUAUAUACCCUAGAAUAGAAAAUAUAAUUUCUAGGGUAUAUCAAAGUAAACACAUAUACAGACCAUCCGCUUUUAUUGUCUCACAUCUCGUUCUAGUAUCCAAUAUGAAAUUACUUUGAAUAAUAUCUCAAUUAGAUCUCGAAAUGAAUUAACAGAAACUUAUGAAUUUUAGGUCUAAAUUCUUCCAUGUGAAAAUGUACCAAUUGUUUUCUAUUCCUAUCUAAAUAGAAUUUCAAAUUCGAUUGAUUGGUUUGAAUUCAGAAAAUUAGGAGUUUCUUACAUUAAAUUAUUGUAUAUACCACAUACAAAUUAAUAGCAUUAUUAUUACUGAUCGGUAAAAUCCAUAUCUGUACAAGGAAAAAGGAGCAUUUUUUUAUGGUAAAAAAUUCCGUAAUUUCGAUUAUUUCUCAAAAAGAAAACGAAGAAAAUAGAGGGUCUGUUGAAUUUCAAGUAUUCAGUUUCACCACUAAGAUAAGGAGACUUACUUCACAUUUGGAAUUGCACAAAAAAGACUUUUCAUCUCAGAGAGGUUUGCGCAAAAUUUUGGGAAAACGUCAACGACUACUAGCCUAUUUGUCAAAAAGAAGUAGAGGACGCUAUAAAGAAUUAAUUGAUGAGUUGGAUAUUCGAGAAAUAAAAACACGUUAAUUUGAAGCAUGAUACUUUUUGAUGAGCUUAGUCAUUUAAAUGGGAAUGAACUUCUUUUUACUUUCAGAAAUGCAUGGAAGACUGACUCGGUAAAAACUUAUGAUUACACCAAUUCCAAGAAACGACCUUAUGAUAGUGAAUAUGGGGCCUCACCACCCAUCAAUGCAUGGUGUUCUUCGACUGAUCGUUACUCUCGACGGUGAAGAUGUUAUUGACUGUGAACCUAUAUUAGGUUAUUUACAUAGAGGAAUGGAGAAAAUUGCGGAAAAUCGAACAAUUAUACAAUAUUUGCCUUAUGUAACACGUUGGGAUUAUUUAGCUACCAUGUUUACAGAAGCAAUAACCGUAAAUGGACCCGAACAGCUAGGCAAUAUUCAAGUACCUAAAAGGGCUAGCUAUAUUAGAGCUAUUAUGCUGGAGUUGAGUCGUAUCGCUUCCCAUUUGUUAUGGCUUGGUCCUUUUAUGGCAGAUAUUGGGGCACAGACCCCCUUUUUCUAUAUUUUUCGAGAACGAGAAUUAAUAUAUGACCUAUUUGAAGCUGCUACCGGUAUGCGCAUGAUGCAUAAUUAUUUUCGUAUCGGAGGAGUUGCUGCUGAUCUACCUUAUGGCUGGGUAGAUAAAUGUUUGGAUUUUUGCGAUUAUUUUUUAACUGGGGUUGCUGAAUAUCAAAAGCUUAUUACACGAAAUCCUAUUUUUUUAGAACGAGUUGAAGGCGUAGGUAUUAUUGGUGGAGAAGAAGCACUAAAUUGGGGUUUAUCGGGGCCAAUGCUACGAGCUUCGGGAAUACAAUGGGAUCUUCGUAAAGUUGAUCGUUAUGAGUGUUAUGACGAAUUUGAUUGGGAGAUUCAAUGGCAAAACGAAGGUGAUUCAUUAGCUCGUUAUUUAGUACGAAUCGGUGAAAUGAGAGAAUCCAUAAAAAUAAUCCAACAAGCCUUGGAAGGAAUUCCAGGGGGGCCCUAUGAGAAUUUAGAAAGCCGGCGCUUUGAUAGAAUAAAAGACCCUGAAUGGAAUGAUUUUGAAUAUCGAUUUAUUAGUAAAAAGCCUUCUCCCACUUUUGAAUUAUCCAAGCAAGAACUUUAUGUAAGAGUCGAAGCACCAAAAGGAGAAUUGGGAAUUUUUCUGAUCGGAGAUCAGAGUGUUUUUCCUUGGAGAUGGAAAAUCCGACCGCCGGGGUUUAUCAACUUGCAAAUUCUUCCGCAGUUAGUUAAAAGAAUGAAAUUGGCUGAUAUUAUGACGAUACUAGGUAGUAUAGAUAUCAUUAUGGGAGAAGUUGAUCGUUGAAAUGAUAAUUGAUAUAAUAGAAAUAGAAGCUAUCCAUUCUUUUUCCAGAUUGGAAGCCUUAAAAGAAGUUUAUGGGAUCAUAUGGAUGCUUGUCCCUAUUUUCAUUCUUGUAUUAGGAAUCACACUGGGUGUUUUAGUAAUUGUUUGGUUAGAAAGAGAAAUAUCCGCAGGGAUACAGCAACGUAUUGGACCCGAAUAUGCGGGACCUUUGGGAAUUCUUCAAGCUUUAGCCGAUGGUACAAAACUACUUUUCAAAGAAAAUAUUCUUCCAUCUAGAGGAGAUACUCGUUUAUUCAGUAUUGGUCCAUCCAUAGCAGUCAUAUCCAUUUUACUAAGUUAUUCAAUAAUUCCUUUUAGCUAUCACUUUAUUCUAGCUGAUCUUAGUAUUGGUGUUUUUUUAUGGAUCGCCAUUUCAAGUCUUGCUCCCGUUGGAUUGCUUAUGUCAGGAUAUGGAUCAAAUAAUAAAUAUUCCUUUUUAGGUGGAUUAAGGGCUGCUGCUCAAUCAAUUAGUUAUGAAAUACCAUUAACUCUAUGUGUAUUAUCAAUAUCUCUACGUGUGAUUCGGUGAGACAUAAAAAUUCCCCCAUUUCUUUUCUUUCUAACAAGAAAGUCAAACGGUUUGAAUAUCGAUUUUUUAUUCAUCAUUGGAUUGAUGAAUUAAACCAGAUAGUUAUAUGAGUGAAAUAAAACGGCUUAAAAAUUUGCUGUUAAAAGAAUGAAAUCUCAUUUCCUACGUACAAGAAUUAAGUGAAAGUAAACAUAAGCAGUCAAGGCUGUUUACCCCGAGAUUUGCUGAUUAGUCAUCAUGGCUUGAAGCGGGUUUAAAAGAUCAAUUGUAUGGGUUUUUUCUAUACUAUUACCAUAGCAUAGAUAUAUUAUCUUAAUGAAAGAUUAAAAAAAACGAGUGGAUGGUUAGGAAGACCAAGAUACACAAAGGAUUAGUAAUGGAGAUUCUGAAAAUUAUCCA